AUGGACAUCACCGGAUAUUCCGCCAUGGUUCUAGUUCGAAGGGAGCACUGUCCACCAAAACCAACUGAAAACCAACAUCCAAAUCUCAUACCUCAACCAGAAGGUCCUGCACCAGCUCCUCCAGCCACAGAACUUAAGUCAGUGAAUCAACCGCCUCCAGUUCAGCCAGUCAUGAAUCAGUCUGAUCCAAGUAAUCCUGCACAUGACCAGGUUCAGCCACAUGGAGGUCCUGAUCCAGCUUCUCCACCUGCUGGGCUUCAGCCAGAGAAUCAGUCACCUCCAGUUCAGCCAGUCAUGAAUAUGUCUGCUCCAAUUAAUGCAGUGCCACAACUGAUUCUGCCUUAUAAAGGCCAUCCAGUCCAAAACUACCCUCCAAAUGCCAUACCUCAGACAGCAGGACCUGGACCGGUUCCUCCAGCUACAGGGCUCCAGCCACAGAAUCAACCACUUCCAGUUCAGACAGUCAUGAAUCAAUCUCCAAAUCCAAUGCCUCAGCCAGGACAGCACCUUUCCACUUAUCCUGUGGGAGGUUAUGUAGUACAUGGGCAGGUUCCUCCGCUUGCAGGGCUCCAGCCGGGCAAUUAUCCACUUCCAGUUCAGAUAGUCAUGAAUCCGUCUAGUCCAGGUAAUCCAGCACCUCACCAGUUCAUCCAGUCAUCCCAGAAUCAGUCACCUCCAGUUCAGCCAGUCAUGAAUAUGUCUGCUCCAAUUAAUGCAGUGCCACAACUGAUUCUGCCUUAUAAAGGUCAUCCCGUCCAAAACAACCUUCCAAAUCUCAUGCCUCAGUCAGAAGUUCCUGCACCGGCUCCUCCAGCCAUAGAACUUCAGUCAGUGAGUCAACCACCUCCAGUUCAGCCAGUCUUGAAUCAGUUUGAUCCAAGUAAUCCUGCACCUCACCAUGUUCAGCCAUAUGCAGCACCUGCAGUUCCACCACUAGUUCAACUUUAUGGAGUACCACCUGGUCUCGAAUACCUUGCUCAGAUUGACCAAAUACUUGUUCACCAAAAAAUGGCGUGUAUAGAGAUGCUUACUGGCUUUGAGACUAACAACCAGUAUGAGAUCAAGAACAGCAUUGGGCAAGAGAUCUACCAUGCCAAAGAAAAGAGUAACUGCUUUGUACGUAAUAUCUUUGGUUCAGCACGUGGUUUUAAAAUGCGAAUUACAGACAACAUGGGCCAAGAGGUCAUUCAGAUGGACAGACCAAUGCGCUGCUUCCUGCAAGAGAUUGAAGUACAGGCUCCACCUGGAGUAACCAUAGGCUAUGUGAAACAGGAGUGGUCCUGCUUUUUACCAAAAUUCUCCAUCCUGGGCCCCAACAAUGAGGUACUACUGAAGAUCCGGGGACCCUUCCUUCCACUCAAAUGCUGUGGUGACAUAAAUUUUGAGGUAAAAGGCAUGAUUGGUGAACAGUCUAUUGGUCGAAUCACAAAACAACGGAGUGGUUUCAUUAAGAAAUGCAUCAGUGAUGCCACCAACUUUUGUAUCCAGUUCCCUAUGGACAUGGAUGUUAAUAUGAAGGCUGUACUUUUAGGUGCUUGCCUCCUUAUUGACAUUGCGGUCUAA